AUGCCUAGAGACAGAUUUGAUAAACUGUCACAAUAUUUUCAUGUAAAUGACUCCACUACCAACUUGCCUAGAGAUGAUCCAGGAUAUGACAGGUUACACCAUGUCAGACCGGUGUUGGACAUUGUGAAGAAAAAAUGUUUGGAGAAUUAUAAGCCACAUCAAAACACCAGUGUUGAUGAAGCAAUGAUUGCUUUUAGAGGACGCCUAGGAUUUCGUCAGUAUCUUCCCGCUAAGCCAACAAAUUAUGGGGUGAAAGUGUGGAUGAGGGCAGAUUCUGAAAAUGGCUAUGCCAAUGACAUUGAUGUGUACACAGGGAAAAAGGGGGAUGAGCAUAAUGCUCAGUAUGGACUAACCACCCGAGUCGUUCUAAACCUAACCCAGGACAUUGCAAACAAGAACCACAUUGUCAACAUUGACAAUUAUUUCACAAGCUAUCAACUGUUUGAAGUUUUGAAACAGAACUGGACCUAUGCUCGGGGAACCGCGAGAUCAAAUAGAAAGGGCUUUCCUUCUUCUCUUCUCCACCCCAAAUGUGUAAAAAAUCAAGGGGACAUAAAGAUAGUACAGAAAGGGAAGACUGCUGCAUAUGCGUGGAAGGACAAAAAAAACAUCUUCUUCCUAUCGACCGCAGAUGACCCAACAGAAAACGCAGGGCAGGUAAAACGGCGGCAGAAAGAUGGAACGCAGCGACAAGUCCCGAGUCCUGGAGUUGUGGAGAAAUAUAAUAUCAAGAUGAAUGGGGUCGAUAGGUCAGAUCAAACCAGGACAGCCUAUCCGACUUACCGCAUGUGCAAAAGAUGGUGGACGUACAUCUUUUUCUUUCUGCUGGAUCUUUCCAUUUCAAACGCUUUCAUCCUGAUGAAAGAAUCACCCAAUCACAGGUUGAUGACUAAGACCGGUAAAGAUAAAGACAGGUCUCUCCUAAGCUUUCGCAUGAAUUUGUCAAAACAAUUACUUGGAACAUACAGGGCAACAAGAAAAAGGAGGCGAGUGUCAAAUGUUGACCCAUUUGGAGGUGGACAUUGGCCUAAAGAGAGUGAGAAGAAAGGGAGAUGUCGUCGGUGUUCAAAGGACAAAAAGCGGUCGGAUGUGAAGUGGGAAUGUACUGGAUGUGGUGCCCAUCUGUGUGUUUUCUGCUUUGAAAAAUAUCAUAGGGGAUCAGAAUUUAAUUGGCAGUGUACAUAA